UCUGGACAGUAGUCAUGGGGGCUUCUGGAGCCUACUAGGGUGUUGGGGCAUCUCUGUCCAAACAGGAGGCAGGUCCCUGAUGUCCCAACAGAGUGCAGGGCCCAAGGGUGGGAGGACUGAGCCAACCUCUUAUCAGCCCCGCUGUCCAACCCCUGAGCCUGGAGCAAUCCUCCUGGCCUCUUCCCACUUCCCCAAAGCCUGGUAUAAGGGCAGCUUCUGUGGACCAACAGCCAGAGGCUGAGAGCAGAGGCUUCAGACUCUCAGGAGUGUGUCUGACUCUGGCCCUGAAGGGGCCGUGCAGACACAAGGGAAGUCCCCAGGAGGGAACGUGGAGCUGUGUGUCUGUCACAAGCCUGCAGGGACAUGAAAGGCUGCCUGCUCCUGCCCCUUCUGCUGCUGGGGACAGUUUCUGCUCUCUAUCUGGAGAAGGAUACCCCUAAUGUGGGCAAUCCAGAGACACAGGCAGACCUGAGCCAGGGUGCUGAAGGCUCAGGGAGGCAGGAAGGAGAGCUGGCCCUGAGUGGUGAGGUGGUGGAGUCGGGGGGAGAGGAGGCCGAGGACGCCCACGACGAUGAGGGGGACUCACAGUCAGACCCAGAUGACUUAGAUGAGGACGUGCAGUGCCCCAAGGAAGAGGAGACAGUGCAACUUCCGGGGACCCCUGGAUGCAAGAGCUGCCGCUACCUGAUGGUACAAACACCAAACAUAUUUAGGAAAGCUCUGAGCAUCUGCAAGAAGUGCUACGGAGGCAACCUCAUCUCCAUCCACAACCUCCUCUUUGAUAAUUGCAUCUCACGCUGGGCCAGAAGGCUCAAUCAAGCAAAGGUCUGGAUCGGCGUCAUCAUCAAGCUCUGGUCCAUAUACAAGACAUUUCGCUGGACCGAUGGGAGUCGCUGGAAUUUUGGAUACUGGGCCCGAGGGCAGCCUGGGAAUGGCAGAGGCCACUGCGUGGACCUGAGCACCAGAGGGGGUCACUGGCGACGAGCUUCAUGCAAGUGGCGGCUGCCCUUCGUCUGCUCCUACUAAGCCGGAGGCCGGAGACCCUGCCCCCCCCCGCCCCGCCCCUCUGCCUGCCUGGUCUCACCCACGGCCCCCUUGCCCCCCAGCCUCCCUGGGUCAUAAAGCCA